AUGACGGAGGACGCCGGACACUUCCUGCCGCCCUCCACGUCUCCCAUCCCCGCAGCACCGGAGCCCCAGAGCCGGUGUGUGUGGAGCGAGUUCACCGGGAGGAGACGCGUCUGAUCCCCGCAGCGGCAGCGGCAUCACCGGGGGAAGCUAACGGCUAACAUACAGAUCCACGACCUCCAGCCAGCGAAGGACUCCUCUCCCGCUGCUCAUGUCGUUCCCUCAUGGCCGUGUCAUGACCUCCGUCACCUCCAGGUCUCAGCUCACCUUGGUCCUGACCCUGGCUGUGCUGCUCUGCCCUUUGACCUUAGUGAGGGUUCAGGGGGAAAGCCAGACCCAGUCUCCUGCUCAGGUGCUGCAGGACCUGCUGAGCCGCUAUGGAGACAACAGCACCAUCACGGUGCCCCAGCUCCGCGCCCUGCUCGCCGCCCUCAGCAAGGAGCAGGUCGAAGGUCACAACGAGAGCAGCAGUGUGGCUGAGACACCAACCAGCCCGCCUCCUAAAGCCAACAGAUCCAAGUGCCUGGCUGCAGACACGUUGGCCAUUUACAACAUCAGUGAGCAGAGCCGGCUGGACGGGCCGGGUCUGACCGAGCUGUGUCCCACCAUGCUGCAGCAGCUGGACGCCGGGUCCUGCAAGGUGCAGAAAGAGGAGAUGCUGCCCAUCGAGCCCCCCCCCAGGCCCACAGGAGCUGAAGUGUGGGGCUACUCUUUCCUGAGCGUGACGCUGAUCAAUGCCUUCUCCCUCACCGGAGUCCUCAGCGUGCCUCUGUUGAAGACGCGCUUUAUGAAACACGCCAUCGUCUUUUUCAUCGCUCUUGCCAUCGGCACGCUGUUCUCCACUGCCAUCCUGCAGCUGCUGCCAGAGGCGUUUGGAUUUGACCCCAUGGUGGAUUUCUACGUGUCCAAGUCUGCGGUGGUGUUCGGAGGUUUCUACCUCUUCUUCUUCGUGGAGAAGGUUCUCAGGGUUCUGCUCAAACAGAAAAACGGGAGCCGCGGCCACAGUCACUACUCCAGUGAGCGUCGCUGCUCGUCACCGGACAAGGAGCUGGAGGAGGGAGAGAAGGAGAAGCUGCAGCUGAACGGAGAGGCCGUCAGUCUGGCUGCGGGCAAGGUGGACGCCGGGGAGGGCGAGCUCAUGCUCACCCCGGCUCAGACGCCGCAGGACAUCCAGAGGCCAGAGAGCACCGGGAGAUCUGGAGUCGGCCGCGGCUGCUACUGGCUGAAGGGGACGACCUACUCUGACAUCGGCACGCUGGCCUGGAUGAUCACGCUCAGCGACGGUCUGCACAACUUCAUCGACGGCUUGGCUAUCGGAGCGUCCUUCACGUCGUCCGUGUUCCAGGGAAUCAGCACGUCCGUGGCCAUCCUGUGUGAGGAGUUCCCUCACGAGCUGGGAGACUUUGUGAUCCUGCUGAACGCCGGCAUGAGCAUUCAACAGGCUCUGUUCUUCAACUUCCUGUCGGCCUGCUGCUGCUACCUGGGCAUGGGCUUCGGCAUCCUGGCCGGCAACAGCUUCUCACCCAACUGGAUCUUCGCCCUGGCAGGAGGGAUGUUCCUCUACAUCGCUCUGGCAGACAUGUUCCCGGAGAUGAACGAGGUGAGUCGUGAGGAAGAGGACGCCGGCGGCAGCAGCUUCCUCCUCACCUUCGCCAUCCAGAACGCCGGCCUGCUCACGGGCUUCUCCAUCAUGCUGCUCCUCACCAUCUACUCUGGACAGAUGCAGAUGGCCUAGCACCAGACUCCCCCGGGCCGACGCCGGCUCGGGCCCGGGCAACAUGAACUGGGGACGUGUGCUGGUUUUGUGCCGGUGGAAACUGGCUCGGAGAGGAGGGAGGCCGAACCUUCUUUCCCUCUUUGUCUCCCUCCCUUUCUUAAGCUAUAAGGACUCUGGAGUUUGGGGAGUUUGUCUGUGCGGCAGGUACGCACACUCCUCUGUAGAACGUAUUUUCGAGAAGCUGUUCAUACAUGCAGUAUAUCCCAGGCAGGGGGGGG